AUGCUGCAUAUUAUCAGCAUAUUUCAGGCACGUCGGGAUGCCAACUUCAGAAUUCUUAUAUUUCCGGCGCCCUACCAAACGGUGCUUUCUGAACUGCCCACAUGGAUUACAAUCAGUUAUCAACCUCUGGUUCUGCAGGGAGUCCCACUGCUAAAUGACUUUGAGCCCACCUCAGCCAAGAACCCCAGCCCGACAGCCCGAGCGUGCCUUCAUCUCGACCCCGAACCCACGAUCAGCAUCUGUCUAGAACGAUCAGCAGUCAGGGCUGAAAACGACACGAGGUGUUUGAGUCUACAGAUUAGAGUACGCCCCGCGUGGUGUAACGGAAUCCUCACGGCUGGCACAGACCUACCAAAACUGCAGCUCUUAGCGACAAAUGUAUGCACCAAUCGACAACCUCUUCUGGCAGCGGUGGAACUGGCGGUUAGGCGGACUUACCUAAGCACAGCUAGGCGGGAGGGCCUGUGGAGACGCCUCCGACAGCAUCUCGCUGGUCCUGCCGGCAGUUCCUCGGGACUGAAACCGCUCCCCGAACAAAACUUCCAUCUUUGGGAUGCGGAUUUGCAGCUGAACAGGUGA